AUGCUGUCAACCUGCAAAGGUGUUGCAGCGACCCCGGGGAGAGGAGGUGCGGAGCCGGGGGCGGGGAGGCGAAGCGACCGCCAUAGAGGAGCCCAGGGCGGCGGAGAUAAACGACAAGGGCUCAGUGUUCAGGAGUGGCCCGACGGAUCCAGAUAUGAGGGAGACUUUAUGGACGGGUUAAAACACGGCAGGGGAAAGUACACCUGGAGAAACGGAGAGAUCUAUGAGGGCUCUUUCUACAAAGACUACAGGCAUGGGGAUGGACUCUACUACUGGCCCACAGGCCAUAAAUUCACUGGCAAGUUCUACCUCAACAGAAAGGAAGGAUAUGGACAACAGCUGUUCCCCGAUGGAGCCACCUUUCAGGGUUUGUACCGCGCUGACCAGAGGUUUGGUCCAGGUGUAAUUAGUUAUUCAGAUGGGCUUGAGGAUGUGGGUCUGUGGCUUGGGCAGCGCCUCCUGAAGCUCUGUGCCUCGGUGGAAGAGGGCUUCAGCCUGAGGAGCUUUCCUGAAAAUGCUGCCUAUGUGGACCCAGCUGCCACCACAGAUUCUCAGACUCAGGUACAUGCUGGCUGCUGACUCACCCACAGCCUCAACCAGCCUCCCACUAGUGGUCUACAGACAGAAGCCAGGACCGACUCUAAGGUGGAUAUGGAUGGAGAUCUGCUGUCAGAUGAGAAUUUUAUCCUUCCCCCUGGCAUUGAGAGUUACUCAACAGAUGGCGACCACUUGCCGCUGCCCCCUGGCCGAAGAAGAGAGUUGGAUCAGCACUUUUAUGGCGAGCUGUGGGAGCCAGACGCUUAUCCGCACCGAGGCUAUGAGCGAGAUCCACUAUCUGCCCUGCCCUUACAAGCCCGCAUGGAGGCUCACAUACGCAAACACAGAAUACAGGCAGAAAAUGUGGGCUGGGACGUGGCAGCUGUUCUCUCUCUGAACAGGGAAAGUUUUGGUCCUAAAGGGCCUUUGGAAGUCAGUUCAGAGUUGUUGAUCCAGCACGCCUCCCGAGGGGACCUGCAGGUGGUGUCACAGAUCCUCCAGACUGGUUUGGUCCACCCUGAUGUAGCAGAUUCACAGGGACACACUGCACUCAUCGCUGCCACAGUAAAUUGCCGUAAUGAUGUGAUCCAGCUGUUGUUGGAUAUGGGUGCUGAUGUUGACAAGUUGAACUGUGAAGGCAUGUCUGCGCUGGCUGUGUGUCAUGUCCUCUACUAUCCUUUUCAGUCUCUGAACACCACUUUCGCUGAACCACUUGCCAAAACUCAAGUUUUGAGGUCCCCAUCUACAUGUGGGAAUAGUGCCCAAAGCAGCCAAGUGGACUUCUGUGCAGAUACACCCGGAUUUAAUUACAGGCCUCAGACCACUAACCCAACCCUGAGCAGCCACACCAACCAGAGCCACCUCUCUGACCAGACAGCAGAUGAAGUAACAGAGCACAUCUUACAUCACAGCAGUAAAGUGUCCAGUGACAGUGAGCUCAACACUGAGCGCUGGCCUGGCCUGAAUGAGCCUGAGACCCCCUCAGACACCGAACACCUACAGCAGGAGCAGAGCAAGGAGAAAGAGGGAGACAGACGGUACAGAGAGGAAGAAAGGAGUAGAAGGGAGGAUGAGAAAGAUAGCGAAGGGGUAGAAAGAGAGCUAGAGAGCAGAUGUGAUCAAACAUGGGAAAAUGGAGAAAGUGAGGUGGGAAUAGAAUUUAAGAAGAGAGAAAAGAAAGAGGAGGAUGUUGAGCUUGGUGAGAGGAGAGGAGCAGAAGGAAUAGAGAAUAUGGAGGUGAGGGAGGGGGUUGAGGAAGAUGUAGAGAAGAGAGUAAGGAAUAUUGACAAAGACAAAGAACUGACACCAAAACCGACCUUUGACUCCACCUGCUCCAUUAGCAGCUACAGCAUCCAGGUCACAGAGGAAGUGAUGCAGCACUCAGCAGAAGCGCUGAGUGGCGCAGGGAUUCCUCUGUGCUCUGACGCACAGGAGACUGCACGGAAAAUGGCUGCCUUGAAAAUCAAACAAAGUGUUCGUUUGAACACCCUGAAGCUGUUAUUGGAGCGGGGAGCUGACCCCAACGUGUCCAGGAUCCCCAUGCCCAUCCUCUUUUUAGCCGUCAUGGCGGCUGACACUGAGGCCGUCAGGAGGUUGCUGCUGUGCGGAGCUCGCACUGACAUUCCCCUUCCCCCUGAGAGGAAAGGUCUGUAUCCCCUGCAUGUAGCUGCAGCACUGCCAGGUCCAGCAGGUCCCAGAAUCACAGAGUUGCUGCUCCACGCUGUCACUGACCCAGAUGCACGGGCAUACGAUCAGAAUGAGAUCUAUGAACCAGAUAAGAUUUUCCUGAAGACACAGGAACCACUGAGUGCAAAUGAGAGGCCACCUCUCAAAGAAGGAGGCCGAACAGCCUUGCACGUGGCCUGCCAGAGAGACAGUGACUACCGGAAUGCCAGUAAGGUAGUGGCCCUGCUGCUCUCCCACAGAGCCAGCACAGACCUCCUCUGGAGUGGACACUCACCUCUCUCCCUGGCUAUAGCGACUGGGAAUGACCUGGCGGUGGAGGAGCUGUUGAAAGGAGGUGCAAAUCCCAACAUCCCCCUGGGCUGCAGGGUCGGCAGUGCCCUCUGUGCCCUCGCCAACAUCAACUAUCACUUAGGUGGCAACAGAGCUAAGCUGUUGGACAUGUUAGCUAAGGCUGGUGCCAACAUCUUGAUGCCAGUUACGGUGGGAGAUGUUGUGGGAACCGCAGUCGACUAUGCACACCACUCCUUCAACCAGGACUUGGAUAUUGCCAACACUCCCUUCCACGCUCUGAACAUGCGGCAGAGGGAAACAUUCAAAGCACAGCACCAGCUGCUGAGCAUGAUGGGAGAUCUGCUGAGACAGACUGCUGGCCAGGAGAGAGAGAAUUUAGCGAGAGAACAACACCUCACAUUGACUAGUACCAGCAGCACAGAGGGAUUUGUGCACACAGAGGCAGGUGCUGAUUCCUCAAACAUACCCCUCCCCAGCUGUGAAAGUCUACCACCCAUAAUAGAAAAACACAGGAAGCCAGCUUUUAAGUUCUGCUAUCACUGCGGUCGCUCUGUGGCUGUGAAGCUGGCUGCUUGUACCCGCUGCCACAAGGUCUUCUACUGCUCCAGGACCUGCAAACUGAAGUCAUGGGAUGACAGACACAAGAAAGAGUGUAUGCGGGUGUCAGUGUCCCCUGAAGGCACCCAGAAGAGUGUUGUGUUUAAAUCCCAAACAGGCCACAGCACCUUGACUGCCCUGCUGAAAUCCAAAACAGUCCCCAAGCCCUUGAGCAUGGCAGAGAACGUCUUGGAGAAACAAGUCAAUCUGAAAGAAAACUACAGCUACAACUGA